UAGGCUUUCGUAAAGUGACGUCAUCUUACAUAGGUGUUCGAAGGAGAGAAUUUCUGAAGCAGUCUUGUGGUCUUACGGGUAUUCGUUAGAUAUCUUUCAUCAUGUUUAGGUCUUCGCCAAAACUUGAAGAUACGAUGUUCACAUUGAAGUUUUCCAUGAAGCAAAUGGAGAGGAUGGCCAAGAAAUGCGAGAAGGAAGAAAACGCUCAUAAAGCCAAGCUGAAGAAGGCUAUCGAGAAAAAGAACGUAGAUGUUGCCAAAGUUUAUGCAGAAAAUGCAAUCAGAAAGAAAAAUGAAGGAUUAAAUUACCUUCGAAUGGCUGCGAGAGUAGAUGCCGUUCACUCCAGAAUCAACUCUGCAAUGAUGAUGAAGCAGGUCGGCAAACAGAUGGGAAGUGUCAUACAUGGGUUAGAUAGAGUUAUGCAGUCGAUGGAUUUAGAAAAGAUUUCUGCCGUAAUGGAGAAAUUUGAGUCUCAGUUUGAAGAUCUUGAUGUUCACGAAAAGGUGUUGGAGGGUGCUAUGGGAGCCGCAACAACCUUAUCAACUCCACAAGAUCAGGUUGACCAACUCAUUCACCAAGUUGCCGAAGAAAACGGUCUAGAGAUCAUCAGCCAACUGGAUACGACAGAAACACCAACUGCUCUACCAACUGGUACUCAGUCUCUUUCAAUAGAACAGGAAGACCAACUGACUCGAAGGCUCGCACGACUUCGUGAUGCAGCUACAUCCUAGAUGGAAACAGAUGGACUUUAAAGUGUACAGAUACAGUAUUUCAAUAAUAGUGUAGUUGUAGCACACAUUGAGACAUUAUGUCCAUUCACUAUUGACUAAUAAAUGAACUCAAUACAAGUCAAGAG